CACAGCUAACCCUCAGAAACGAAACCUGGUGCAAUUCAGAAAUAUGAUUAAUAAUGCAAACAUGCGUCCUUCACUGGAUUACAACAACUACGGAUGCUGGUGUGGCAAAGGAGGACAGGGACAGCGUCGACGGAUUGGACAGGUGCUGCCAGACACAUGAUUACUGUUAUGAUCGUGCAAUAAGAGCCGGCUGCAGCACUUAUAUUUGGCAUAUUUAUACAUACACGCAGAAUGGACUGUCUAUUACUUGUGAUUCAAGCAAGAAUGAUAUUUGCAACCAAACGGUCUGCAACUGUGACAAAGCGGCGGUCCAGUGCUUUGCCAGAAACACAUACCAUUCAAACUUCAAAGAUUAUGACAAAAGCAAGUGCUAGGCCGACAAAACACCAUAAUUUUAUAAUUUAAAAGGAGCUUUCUAGUAAUUUAGAGGACAACAUGUCUUCACUGGAGCCGACA